AUGUCACUGAAUACAACUGAACCUCCCACAACCACUACAUUUCCAACAACAACUACAUCGUCCAUUACCACUGAACCUCCUACAACUACUACAUCUCUAACAACUGAACCUCCCACGACAGCUAUAUCACUGACUACAACUGAACCUCUCACAACUACUAUAGCUUCCACAACUGAACCUCCCACAACUACUAUAGCUUCAACAACUGAACCUCCCACAACUACAACAUCACCAGCUACAACUGAACCUCCUACAACCACUAUAUCCCCAACAACUGAACCUCUUACAACCACCACAUCGCUGACUACAACUGAAUCUCCCACAACUACUACAUCAUCCACUAACACUGAACCUCCCACCACUACUAAAACUCCAACAAUUGAACCUCCCACGACAACUAUAUCAUUGACUACAACUGAACCUCCUACAACCACUACAUCUCCAACAACUACAUCGCUCAUUACCACUGAACCUUCCACAACUACUACAUCUCCAACAACUAAACCUCCCACGACAACUAUAUCAUUGACUACAACUGAACUUCCUACAACCACUACAUCUCCAACAACAACUACAUCGCUCAUUACCACUGAACCUUCCACAACUACUACAUCUCCAACAACUAAACCUCCCACGACAACUAUAUCACUGACUACAACUGAACCCCCCACAACUACUAUAUCUCCAACAACGGAACCUUCCACAACAACUACAUCACCGACCACAGCUGAAUCUCCCAAAACUACUACAUUAUCCACUACCACUGAACCUCCCACAACUACCACAUCUCCAAUAACUGAACCUCCCACAUCAACCAUAUCACUGACUACAACUGAACCUCCCACAACCACAUCUCCAACAACAACUACAUCACCUAUUACCACUGAAUCUCCCACAACGACUUCAUCAUCCACUACCAUCGAACCUCUCACAACUUCUACAUCUCUAACAACUGUACCUCCCAUGAGAACUACAUCACUGACUACAACAGAACUUUCCACAACUACUACAUCCCCAACAACUGAAACUCCCACAACAACUACAUCACCGACUUCAGCUGAAUCUUUCACAACUACUACAUCAUCCACUACCAUUAAACCUGCCACAUCUACUACAUCUUUAACAACUGAACCUCCUACAACAACUACAUCACCCAUUGUCACUGAAUCUCCCAAAACCACUACAUCUCCAACAACUGAACUUCCUACAACUUCUAAAUCACCAACUAUAACUGAACCUCCCACAACCACUACAUCAUUAACUACAACUAAACCUCUCACAACUACUACAUCUCAAACAACUGAACCUCCCACAACAACUACAUCACCCACUACUGCGGAACCUCGCACAAUCAAUUCUUCACCGACUACAACUGAACCUCUUACAGCCACUACAUCUUCAAAAACUGAACCUCCCUCAUCUACGACAUCACCAACUACAACUGAAUCUCCCAGAACUACUACAUCAUCCACUACCACUGAACCUCCCGCAACUACUACAUCUCCAACAACUGAACCUCCCACAACAGCUACAUCACUGACUUCAACUGAAUCUCCCACAACUACUACAUCAUCCACUACCACUGAACCUCCCACAACUACUACAUCUAAAACAACUGAACGUCCUACAACAACUACAUCACCCAUUACCACUGAAUCUCCCACAACUACUACAUCUCCAACAACUGAACUUCCCAUAACUACUACAUCACCAACUACGACUGAACCUCCCACAACCACUAUAUCCAGAACAACUGAACCUCCCACAACCACUACAUCACCAACUACAACUAUACCUCUCACAACUACUACAUCUCCAACAACUGAACCUCCAACAACUACUACAUCACCCACUACCACUGAACCUUCCACAACCACUUCAUCACCGACUACAAUUGUACCUCCCACAACUACUACAACUCCAACAACUGAACCUCCCACAACUACAACAUCACCAACUACAACUGAACCUCCCACAACCACUACAUCAUCGACUACAACUGAAUCUCCCACAACUACUUCAUCCACUACCACUGAACCUCACACAACUACUACAACCCCAAUAAUUGAGCCUCCCACGACAACUAUAUCACUUACUACAACUGUACCUCCCACAACCACUAUAACUCCAACAACAACUACAUCGCCCAUUACCACUGAACCUCCCCCAACUACUGCAUCUCCAACAACUGAGCCUUCCACAACAACUACAUCACCGACUAAAACUGAAUCUUCCACAACUACUACAUCGCUGACUUCAACUGAACCUCUCACAACUACUACAUCACCCACCACCUCUACAGCAAAAACUAGUGAAGCAGCAACUUCUAUAACCACCACCACCUUUAUUACUACUACCGCCACCACUACUACUGCAGGAUUUGCUACAGAAACCACAGCACUUAUUAAUGUUGCUGCUCCUGGACAAGUGCCGAAUUGGGGCAUCGCCCUGCUUACCUUGGUCUCCUUUUUGGCCCUGGCUGUGCUUCUAGGACUUCCUAUUGGGCCUGGAGAAAACAAUAAAAAGUGUUGA